AGGGCCUGGAACAUGGCCAUGGAUUCGAUCCCAGAGGGGGUUCUCGUGUACGACAACUGGUCGCUCACCCCUUGUGUAGCAUGCACAGACAGGCGCCUGCACCGGCAAGAGCAGCGCCUGCCCAGAUUCUAUAAGUUAAACACAGGCGCCAUUGCGCGAUGAUGCAUUGACGCUGGCGGCGGAAUCUUCAGCUUUACAUAGUUGGUAUUAGGAGUACCUGGGGACGGAGAAUUGGCUGGCUGCAAUCUCCAGGGCUUGUCUGGGCGGCAUGGGCGAGUGAGGGUGUGGCUCCAUGCCGACAGCGGCGUUCUCCCUCCGCUUAGAUUCGUUAGGUUUCCGCUUCCUGCCAGAAGCCGGCCUGUUGGGUUUAGCGGCCCUGUUUCUCCUCCCAGUCAUCCCUCUGCAAGUUCUGAUAGUUUCCCUUGCCCUGCUGAACAGUCGCAACUUCAUUUUGAAGCUAGCCACUCUUCCCUGGCUCUUUGCCUGCGAUCUCCUCGUCACCCUCGCCUGGCUCGGCUCUUGUACGUCCCAGUCUCUUGCAGGGUGGAUAAGGUUGCGGCUCGGAUGCACCGUUGCACCAGAAGGAAGACGUAGACCAAGCACCACGGAGAACGUUCCAGAACAGGGGCUGAGGCACGUAGGGGUGGUCAGGCAGGAGGGGCUGCCUGCGGAGGACAGUGUCUCCGGCCCCUCCCUCGCACCCCUCGCAGCCAUAGCGAUACAAGCGGUGGCUCCUGUUACUCAGGGCCUGGGAGCAAUACUUAGCGGGAUUGGCUACUGUGGGGGGCUACUGGGGGGUUUCGUCUUCGGGCUAGUAGAGCCGGUCGUUAGCAUGGGAAACAGCAAGUCAAAGGUGGAAGCUCAGUCCGAGAAGAUUGAUCAUCCGCUUCAAUUAGCACUUGCCAAGUUCGUGGCAACAGAAGGGAGGGAGAUGAGCGUGGAAAUGCUGGAGGAGACGACCACCCUGCUGCAGCUAGCAAUGAACACGUGUAUAAAGACGAAAGAGCGGAAAGCUGCUUGGGUGUGCAGGAUCUGUUUGGAUCAGGAGAUUCGGGUUCUCCUGAAGCCCUGCCGGCAUGCCUGCCUUUGUGGCACCUGUAGUGAUCUGGUCGAGAUCUGUCCGAUAUGUCGGAUGCAGAUUACUGGGCGGGAGAAGUUCAUAUUGUCCUGACACUCGGGGAUAGAAACUCUGCGUGUGUCUUGCUGCGGCAGCUCAGCGGAGCUACUUGUAUCAUAAGAAGAGACUCUGGAUAUUGGGGGGAGGGGAGGUAGGGGUUUAUCGUCAGGUUGUGCGUGCUUAUUCAGCACGCCCAGUCAGGCUGCUGUGAAGAGCACCUUUGAAAAGCUUAUGUUUUUAGGAGGUUUUAGUAGCAGGCUCUGAUAGGCUUUGUCAAUCACUUUAGGGAGAAUGUGCUUAGGGUGCACGUUUCAUGUCCAUAUGUCAGGAAGCUCAACUACUUUACAUGCCCAGGUUAAUCAAAGGUUCAACAUAUAGGCAAAAAGUUGCAACCUGCAUCGUGUCCAUGUGUCUGGCUUUGCGUAGGUACUAUGAUCGGUACAAUCUCGUGGUAUUCAG